UAAAGUUGUCUGACUGGAUCGGAUUUUUUUUGUAGUGGAGACUAGAGGGCGAUCAGAGUAGGCGAUAUGUCCGAUCUCAGCGUCUCGCUGUCCGUACUAUUGGGGAUUGUAGUUUUUAGCGAGGUGGCGAGAAGGACGGCCUUAUAUCUGCUCUCGAACCGAGACCGGAGCGUCUAUGCGCUGGAGUUGAUUUCCACGUUUCAACUGUGCGCGUGCACGCACGAGUUAAAGCUCCUCGCGGAGGUGGGCGGACUGGAGCCGCGCAUCGCGUUGACGUGCACGUAUGUGAUCUCGGUGGUCCACGCGCUUUCCUUCCACGGCGCGAUUUGCAACCCCACCGGGGUCCUGGAUCAGCUCUGCCGCCGGACUCUCACCAGCCGGGGCGCGCUGGCGCGGAUUUCGUGCCAGCUGGUCGCCGCUGCGCUGGCGCGCGGAGCGAUGCCCCACGCGUGGGCACUGUCUCUGUCUGACCUGCACGCGCGGCACAGAUUGACGGGGUUUAAAUGCACGAGCAGCCCAGUCAACGCUUCUCUGCUGCAGGCCGCUGCGGUGGAGCUGGGCUGCGCGUUCGUGAUGCACACUGCAGUCUCCAACGUGCACAAAGUUCAGGAGAUGUAUCGAGUUCCUGCCAUAGCUGCAGUCAUCACUACUUUGGUGUACGCAGGUGGACAUAUUACUGGGGCUGUGUUCAAUCCGGCUCUCGCCUUCUCAAUGCAGUUCCCCUGUCCUGGCAAUACAUUCACAGAAUACAGCGUUGUGUACUGGCUGGGACCAAUACUAGGAAUGAUCGCCUCUCUGCUGCUUUGUGAGAAAGUCAUGCCGGUUCUUUUAGGAAAAAGCACAAUUUCAAACUCCAAUGGACUCAAGAGGAGAAAGAUUAAGUAAAUUAGGACGAGAUCUUAAGAAGUCUUAUUCACAAUAUAAACGUUUUAUGUUGAGUUACAUAUGUAGUUAUGGACUGUGAAUGCACAAAACAUUAGGACACUGUUCUUCUCAAUUCCUUCGUGUUUUAUUGUUUUAAGGGUUCUUACUGUCUGUAAUACUUUAAGCUUUGAUAAUUAAUGUCUUAUUGAACAUUAGAACUUCUUAAAUGAGAAGCUAAUGUAUAUUCAAAAUUAAAGCACAAUGAUGUCAUAAAAAGCACACAGUGUCUCCGCAGACAGACAUUCACGUGAUGUUAUAUACAGUUAUGGCGGCAAUAAGAAUGACUUAUAACUGUUGCACAUUGAUUUUAUGAUUUAAAAGUCAAUUUUCUUGUUCUUCAGUGUAAUAUUUACCUCACUGUACUUUGUUAUAUUGUAUCUUAAAUCAUACAUUCCUGGAGUGAGACACAUCUGAAGCGUUCUAACGGCGCGGUAUUUUUAAUAAUGUUUUACUAGCGAUCGUUAUUAUCUAGCACUAGGUACUGUAUAUGAAACUUUUAUGGUGCCUUUGGGUAUAAUAACCUGGCUGAACUUGAUGAUGUAUAAAACAAGCUGAUGCUGUUUUGUGGAAUGGCUUGGUUUCUAUUUCGGAAGAAAAAUAAGUUGUACUAAAAAUAUUUAUUAAUCUGUUUUUAAUUAAACUCAUAAAUGAAAAAUCUUGUUCGUUUUUCUAACCUGAGAGAUCGGUUGUUGUGAAAUAGUUUCUGGUGUCAUGUGAUGGACCCUGUGUGAACUGAUCUGGGCACAGUGGAAAAAAACACAAUUCUCACAGUGAUAGUGAGAAACUCUAUGAUGAAAUUCACAAAACAACAAACAUUCAACAACUGAAAAAUGAAAAUAAAGAUUGAGUUCACGCGCGACAGAUUCUCUGACCUGAUGGGUUUUGAUAUACUGUCUUUUUUAAGAUUUCUUCCUGUGUGGAAAAAAAAUACUUAUUACACAUUUUUGAUUGUUUGAUACAUAGAAAAUACAUCAAACUAAUAUUUACAGAAGAAUGCAAAUAAUUAGAGACACAAAGACAAGUGACCAGAAUGUUUGUGAAUACCUUCUAGUGCAUUGUUAUAUUUUAUUUAUUUACAGCCCCAGCCUAAUUCCAUCAGAUCUGUAUUGAUGAUUUAAGACCUAUUUGGGAGUAAAUGUAUGAAAUUUAAGAUUGUGAAUGAGUGAGUAUACAGUGCAUCAUAACAUGACACAUUGCAGAGGUCACGGAGGCUUCAGAAGUUCAGAAAUGGUGAUAUUCACUGUAUUGUCAUAAUUUAUAGAAAACGACUCAUGGAAGUGUGUUCAUUUAUAAGUUCAAAGUCCAUUAGAAUUUAUGGACUGUGUAUAGACCCACAUGCCCCUUCGCUGAUUUUCUAGUUUGCAGACUUGCUGACUUAAUGUCUCCGAUCACUACCUAUUGUUGUGUAAAAUAAAUAUCGGAAUUGAAGGCUGCAUCGCUCCACGUUAUCGACAGGGCAGAACAAUUAUCCCAACCACCAAAGAUAGAGUUACAGAUAACCUGCCCAACCUGUCAUAACUACUUAGUGCACCCUUAAGCACACAUGAUCUUGAAGAAGUCAUUAGUACAAUGAACACCAUAUUCUUAAAUACAUUAGAUACUGUGGCACUUAUAAUUAAAGCAGGUUAGAGAGAAAAACGUAACGCAUUGGUAUAAUAGCACCACACGUGCCCUGAAGAGAGAAACGAGUAAAUCAGAGCGCAACAGAGGUUUUUAGAAUUGUUUGGUUAGAUAGUAUGUCCUGUUACAAAAAGGCACUAAAAUCAGCUGGGCUGAGCACCUCAUAGAUACUGACAAAAAAAUCCAAAGGUUUUUAUUUAGAACGCUGGCUUCCCUAACAAAUAACCAGACACCACCUGAUCAGAAUAUUCCAGCUCACCUUAGAAGUAAUGACUUCAUGCUAUUUUUCACAGAGAAAAUUGAAAACAGAGAAAAAAAUUACUAAUGCUAAACCUUCAAGUCUGUCCUAAAAACCAACAUCAGCAAAUGACCUACUCUUAGCAUCAGACCAAAGCUGUUUUUCACUACUAGUUUUACUUGACCUUAGUGCCCCAUUCGAUACCAUAGAUCAUGCCAUUCUGCUAGAUCGCUUACAGAAUUAUAUUAGUAUUCAGGGACAAGCCUUACAAUGGUUCAGAUCAUAUUUAUCCGACCGAUAUCAGUUUGUUCAUUUAAAUGGGGAAUCAUCAAUUUAAAUGCCAGUAAACUGUGGAUUACCUCAAGGAUCGGUUUUAGGACCCUUGCUAUUCUCUAUAUAAAUGCUGCCUCUAGGUAACAUUAUUAGAAAACAUUGAAUUAGUUUUCAUAGCUAUGCAGAUGAUACUCAGUUAUACAUAUCAUCUAGACCGGACGGAACCUCAAAAUUAACAAAACUGGAAGAGUGGUUCAGGACAUAAAACAUUGGAUGACUGGUAAUUCUCUUCUGCUAAAUUCAGAGAUAUUACAUAUCAGACCAAAUACCUGUAAGAAGAAUAUUACAAAUUACAACUUGUAAAUAGAAGAAUGCACUGUUACCUCAGCAAAUAUAGUUUAAGACCUUGGCGUUACCUUGGACAGCAACCUGUCUUUUGAAAACCACAUCUCAAACGUCACAAAAACAAACUAGUUCAUGCAUUUAUGACUUCAAGACUUGAUUAUUGUAAUGCACUACUUAGUGGUUGUCCUGCAUCAUCAUUAAACAAAUUACAGUUAGUUCAAAAUGCAGCUGCUAGAUGUCACCCCUACACUGGCUACCCAUUAAGUACCGUAUAAACUACUUCUAAUCACUUAUAAAGCAUUAAACGGUUUAGCUCCCGCUUAUCUAACAGAGCUUCUAUCACGCUACAACCCAUCACGCUCUUUACGAUCACAAAACUCCAGACUUUUGAUAGUACCUAGAAUAACUAAAUCCACCAGGGGGUAGAGCUUUCUCAAACGUAGCACGUAAACUCUGGAAUAGCCUUCCUGAUACUAUUCCAGGGUUAGACUCACUCUCCCAAUUUAAAUCUAGAUUAAAAACCACAUCUUUUCAGCAAAGCCUACAUAUGGUGCAUGCCAGUAUUAUCUCUUGUUUAUAAGUUAAUGAACAGCAGCUAUGCAAAUUGUUCUCGCUCUGCCCUCCUCCCCUACCUCGGGAUACCCACAGAAUGCGUUGAUAAACAGACAAGAUAAAAUACUUCAUCUCCUGAGAGAAAUACACAGGAAAUG